AUGGAUAUUCCUGAUGAUACAGUUUUCUCGGAUGGUCACAGCAGUCUACCAUCCAUGUCAGAUUGCAGGGACAAUAGUGAUUUCUGCGAAUACUGGGCUGGAGUGGGAGAAUGUGAAGUCAAUCCAAGAUAUAUGUUGUUCCACUGCAAAGUUAGUUGUCAUCAAUGUGACAUUGGCACAGUUUGUAAAUCAAAUCCUUGCCGUCAUGGAGGCUCGUGUGAGGAGGCCGAGAUAGGGUUUAAAUGUAUGUGUCCUGAAGGCUUUACCGGUGAGCUGUGUGAUUAUGAUCCCUUCAUACAAUCAGUGCUGCUCAUUGGAGAAAGACGCGGUGAGGGAAUAAUAACCAUCUCCUCUUCUUCUGAUGCUGGAGGUCCGACCAAAUACAUGAUGAUACACCAAGAUGGGUGGAAUUCCAAUGCCUCUAGACUAGUUUGCCAGUAUCUGGGUUUUAAAGGUGUCUAUGCGACAGUGACUAGCAACCACUUCAAUGUGUCAUCUUUGAAAAACAACACCAAAUCAGCGUUUGUGGAAUGUCCAGUUAACGCUACCAUCAUCACUGAUUGCAUGUAUAACGACACUCGGGGUGAUCAAAUGAAAAAUGAAUCUAUCGGAGUCGUCUGUUGCUCAAUUAACCAGUUCUGCGACCCUCCAGGCAGCCCAGUCGGUCUUGAAAACGGUAACGUUCCAGAUGCGGCUAUCAGCGCCUUUAGCCACCAUGUCGAUUUUCCGCCCUCCUUUUCACGAUUGAACGGACUGUUAGCCUGGGUUGGGGAUAUUGGUUCGCUUAACCGUAUGUGGAUCCAAGUCAAGUUUGACUCGGUUUACCUUAUUACUGCGGUUAUAACACAAGGAAAUGGGAACAAGAUAUCGGGUGAUUUAAGAGUGACGUCAUACACUGUCUCGUCUAGCGUUGACUGUGAGACAUGGAUUGAAUAUUUGGAUACGAGUUCAGGAACGGCGAAGGGAGAGAGUCUCGCCGAUCUGGCGCUACCCAGUGGCUGCCGGGCCCACGAUUAA